UGAUGGUAAGGUUGCUGGAAGGCGAUCAUCACGAGGUGAGGACGUGUUGAACAUCUAAGGCUUGUUUAGAACGUAUUGUCUCCGCUAUCACAGAAUUUUAUACACCAUGAAUGGACUAGACACUGCAAGCCGAUCUCCUCUAUCAAGGGCAAUCCCUUCCAGACGUAUUCCAGUACACGAUCCAUCGCAUAUGCCCGUUGACUAUAGCACAACCCCUGGAGGAACGAUAUAUAGCACUACUCCCGGAGGGACGCGUAUAAUUUAUGAGCGCAAGUUCUUAAUGGAGUUGAGAAAUUCACCGUUAGCCAAGACUCCCCCAGUGGACCUCCCAGUCAUCCCUGGUGUGACUUGUGCAGAGAAUACUAAAGUUGAAGAGCAAAGAAAGGCUGAAUCAGAGCCCAAACCUAUAGCAGAGGAGGAUGAGCACCAAUUUCAGAUGGAAAUCUAACAAUKUCAGUGUAUGCCUUGUUAACCAGUGACCUUGUGCUGUGUACUGAGUGACUGGUGUAAGGCAUAACCUAGCUGUACAUGUGUUGUUGGGGUGUAAAUAAGUUACUGUGUGAGUCAAAACAAUACUCCUAAAAACACACAAAAACAUCACAAAGCUUGAAAAAAAUAUACCAAAAAACAACGCAAUUAAUUAGGAGGAUUGCUUCGUGUCCAAGAAAUGAAGUUCAAAAAAGGCGAUAUUUGUAGAGAAGUUUUAAACUAUUGUUCCCUAUCAUUAAUUUUAGUAAAGCACUACUAAAAGGUAUGCUGUAUGUGCAGRUAGAAUGUGAUUAUUGCAGUGUUUUAUGUUAAAAUAGGCAAUGUGUGCAUGUGUUAUUGAUGGAUACUUUGCCUUUUGCUCAAGGUUAAGUUAAUGUGCAACAUGUUAUGAUAAAUGAUUCUAGAAUAAUGUCAUCAUUCUAGAACUGUUGUUUCAAAUGUUUGGACUUCAUUUCUUCUGUUCAUUAUGUCAUUUAAAUAAAUUGAUGUAUUUUUGUCUUGAUUGAGUUAAUUUGGCAGUCAAAAAUCUUCCCAGAUCAGAAAAAUAUUCUAACUAAAUUGAUGUAAAUAUAAAAUAGUAAAAACAAAACAAGAUCUUCUUACAAAUCCAAUUUUUGUAUAUUUUACUAGUGCUAAUCCAAUUCAUUAUAUUAACAAUGACAUGUAUUUAUUUUGAUCAUUGGAAAAUUAUCCUAUUGUAAUUUUUUUCCUUAAAAUACUGCAUAUAGAAUGGCAUUUGAUAAAUCUUAGAGAGAUUUAGAAUCAUUUGGACUAAAUUAGCUUUAGUCUUUCAYUGACUAUUACUUUCGCAUUUCUUGCACUGUCAACAAAAUCACUAUUGUUAUGUUUUCUUAUUAUUCAAUUAUAUAAGAUUUAGAUUGCUCCUUAUUUCUAUUUUUUUUAAGUGUUAUGACUUUGUAUAUAACAUUCUAUAUCUUACAUUAAAUACUUGGCUGCCAAACUAUUAUCAAUCAUUUCGUGUCUUCAACAUCAAGACAUUCACCAGCUUUGCAGUGCUGGCUGUUAGAUUAGAAUCAUUGUGGCUGUCAUAGCCAUGUAUAUAGGAAUUGAAAUAGGAUUGUUGAAUAAACAGAACUGUUUCUCCA